AUGACGGAAAACGACAGCGGGACGGGAUGGUCGAUUUUAGGCUCGGAUUCAGAAGAAGAAAUGGAAUACAAGCCCGACUACGUGACCCACCUCUACGCUCUCCAGCAGAACAAUGGAUACGUAGACCUUCAAUGCUCAGAUCGUCGAACAAUAAAGGAACGCCACAUUCAAGGCGUUCACAUUGCUACUGUCCAAGCGACAACUUCCAGAUGCGUUUUUAGCCCAAAAGUGCAGCAAGCAAAGCCGGUUACGAAUAUCCUCAGACCUGUCAAGUUCAGUCGUAUUCCUGUAAACUCGUCAAAAACUCCGACUCCAAAGUCAAAACGCGGGCGCGCUACUCUCCUCAAUCCUGGCGACAAAGUCCGAUUAAUGUUCGACUCCUUCCAGAAAAACCACUCCCCCGUUCAAAGCCCGAAUCAGAUAAAAGUCAGCACUGCCGAAAAGACAGCCAAGAUCUCCAACGAAAAGACUUCUUCAUCCGAAAGCCCCCUUUUUUAA